AUGACCAGCAUGGUUCAGACUGACCUAAGUGUUCCUUCGACCGGCCCAAAGUACAAGGAAGAUCCUGACGGCGAUUCUCUCCCCCGUCCUACUCCCGCACAUCCCCACCACAGUCUCCAACAUUCGAGGUCGACUGCUGUCCUCCAGCAGCUGAAGCAGCGGCCUCCCUCUCCUCGUCAAUCGCCGUCCUCUGUCCCUUCAGUUACAUAUGCUACUUCCCACGGACUGGGAACCACCAUCCUGCAGCAUCAACAGCAACAGCAGCAGCAGCAGCAGCAACAGCAACAACCGUAUGCGCAGCGCUCGCAGGAACCUCCAUAUUACCCACCCCAUCCGAGUCCUUAUACUCCAGCUGGGAGCCAGGGGCAAUAUCCUUCGAGUGGACCAUCGAGUCUCAUGGCGGCCACAGCCCACAUGCAGAGACAGUAUCCUCCCAUGUACCACACGUCUCAGUCAAACGCCCCAGCACCGGUAGCUGCGCCCACCCAAGACCAACAUUCCAGGAAUAUAUAUGCACCCUCUCCGAAUAUGGCACCUCACAUCUACGGCUAUGCAUCCUACUCGCCCAUGAACUCGGUGCAGCCAUCGCAAUACACGCAGCAUGCACCACCCCAGCAGCACCAUCUUACCUCGUCGCCGAUGAUCGUACCGCAUCAGACAACUGCAACGCCAGUGCCCCAUCACCCGUCGCCGUCGCAGGCUGUAAACGGCAGUCCCAAUCUGAAAUUAGACGCGGCAACGCCGCAGCCAGCACCACAGCCAGCGGUGUUUAACCCCGCGCAUCCUGCAAGCACGGGUCCUCAGGGGACGGUAAAUAACGUUCACCAGAGCACCCCCGUCGGGACAAGUUCGAGCGCGGCCCCAGGACCGAUCCCAGCCACAACACCCCUGGUUGUCAGACAAGACAGUAAUGGGGUGCAGUGGAUUGCUUUCGAGUAUUCCCGGGACCGCAUAAAGAUGGAGUACACGAUCCGCUGCGACGUUGAAUCCGUGAACGUGGACAAACUCAGCCAGGACUUCAAGAACGAAAACUGCGUCUAUCCCCGAGCCUGUUGCAGCAAGGAUCAAUACAGGGGCAACCGACUGGUGUACGAAACCGAAUGCAAUGCCGUCGGUUGGGCGUUGGCUGAGCUCAACCCUACGCUGAGGGGGAAGCGAGGUCUGAUCCAACGAGCCGUGGACAGCUGGAGAAAUAGCAAUCAGGAUCCUCGACUCCGGAGCAGGCGAGUGCGUAGGAUGGCCAAGUUGAAUAGGCGACAGGCCCAGAACCCUCCCCAGGUGGCUUCUGCUACCGCCGCCGCCGUUGCUGCCCCGAUUCCCUCUGGGAUUUCAGCACCAAGCCUGGCAGCGUCUGGCCCGCGUUCUGGUGUCGCUCCUUUGCCCUUGGGCCAUUCGAUACACCACCACCAUCCCCCUGAAGGAAAUCCCGGCAAUGAGGAAGUUAGCGGGAGCGUCGAGUAUGUGAACAGUGCACAUCUCCCAUCGAUCGCAAGCGGCCACCUACCACAACCCACACAACCUGCAGAUAUCCGCACCGCACAGGUCUUUCAUGGCUACCCAUCAUUUCCGCCAGUUGCAAGUGUAUCUUCCGGGCCGUCCAUGCCUCCUCCGCUUCGGGACAGCGGCGUCGCCCCUAUCAGCCGUCACCCGACGGUUGCAACUUCCACGAAGCCGGACGAAGAGGAAGAGGAUGGCGAUGAACGUAACCCCGACAAAGACGCAUUAUUCGGAGACCUUCCCGAUGGCAAACGCCGAAAGUUUAUUCUGGUGGACGACACGCAGCGUGGAAACCGCGUUCGUGUUAGGGUUACCCUUGAUCAGGUGGAUAUGAAUGAGAUCCCAGAUUCCUACCGCAUGGCGAAUUCAGUGUAUCCCCGGACAUACUUUCCCGUGCAGAUGAAGGAGUCUCCGGGCCGGGUGGUACCGGGGAAGAGAUACUUCAAGAAUGACACUGAGAUUGAGGACAGUAACGGUACGCAUACGGGCAGCGAUGACGAGAGCAUCGCGACAGUUGGGCGGACAUUUGUCCCCGCUCCGUCGGUAGACGGCGAGAGCGACAUUGCCGUGCCAAAGUUAUCCAGAAAUAAGAGGAAGAAGGACAUCCUACUGAAUGACCUGGGCUACAGAAUGAGUUGGAGCCAGAGCCGGGUCUUUGCGGGGAGGAUGCUAUUUCUGCAGCGAUCCCUCGAUGCCUACCGCAACAAAAUGCGUAGCACGGCGUUAGCCGCCGGCCACGACCCUUCGUCUAUCCCCCAGCAUUUCGAAACGCGCAUUGGAAAGCGGCGGUGGCUCGAACGACGCGGGCGAAGCAACAAUGGGAUUCAUGUCCCGGGUGCGAGUACUGCCAGCAGCGUGAGCACCUUGUCUGCUUCCAAGCGCAGUGCGGAGGAGGUUGAAGGAUAA